AUGAAAUUAAUCAAUUAAAACGAGUCAAUUGAUUCAGAUUCAAAUGACACAAUUCCACAACAGGAAUAACCACAAGCACUCACUCAUCCAAAUUUUUUGGCAUAAAUUGCUGCUUAGAAUUGUAUUUUAAUUCAUAAUUCACAAGAAUCUACUGGAGUAUUACUCUUAAAUAGAAGAGUCAAUGUAAAUUAGAGAUUACUAAACAUGAAAAGAAGAAGAAUAUCUAAAAAAAAAUCCUAAAGUAGAAAUGAACUACUUAAGCUUAUUGUUGAAUAAGACCUAAAUGAUUUAUUUGAUAUAUGA